AUGGGUUGCACAUCUGCCAUCGUCUUCACCUGCUUUGGCGCCGCAUACGGAACCGCAAAGUCUGGCGUCGGCAUCUCAGCCAUGGGUGUUCUUCGACCUGAUCUCAUCGUCAAGAACAUCGUCCCCGUCAUUAUGGCUGGUAUCAUCGGUAUCUACGGUCUAGUCGUUUCCGUCCUGAUCUCCGACAACCUCUCGCAAAAGGAAGCACUGUUCACCAGCUUCAUUCAACUUGGGGCUGGAUUGUCUGUCGGUCUCGCGGGUCUCGCUGCCGGCUUUGCGAUUGGCAUUGUCGGUGAUGCUGGCGUUCGCGGCACUGCCCAGCAACCCCGUUUGUUCGUCGGCAUGAUUCUCAUCCUGAUUUUCGCCGAAGUCUUGGGUCUGUACGGUUUGAUUGUCGCGCUAUUGAUGAACUCAAAGGCGCAGACCGAUGUUACCUGCUAG